AUCAAAAUGUCGGACAAAAGUGAUUUAAAAGCAGAACUUGAGCGCAAAAAGCAGCGCUUGGCUCAGAUAAGAGAAGAAAAGAAACGGAAGGAAGAAGAAAGGAAGAAGAAAGAGGCUGAUCUACAGCAAAAGAAGGAGCCAGCUCAAGAAGAUUCUGACCUAGACCGCAAAAGAAGAGAGACAGAAGCUUUGUUGCAGAGCAUUGGCAUAUCCCCAGAACCACCUCUAGUCCCAACCCCUAUGUCUCCCUCUUCGAAAUCAGUGAGCACACCCAGUGAUGCAGGCAGCCAGGACUCUGGAGAUCUGGGACCCAUAGGAAGGAAUUCAGUGCUAAUCCCAGGGCCUUGUUUGCCGUUCAUGGCUUUGCUUGCCAUUCUCUCUGAUAUUCAGAGUGCUGUGUUUUUGCAUCAGAUUGGCCACGAGUACUUACCUGGCAUGACUGACUUGUGGUAA